UCUCUCGGUUGCCCUCCCUCAGUGAGUGUCAUCGUGACACGCUGCUUUGAAAUACACUGACAGACACCGAAUUGCUCACACUGGUGCUAAGCCACGAUGAAGCCUGACUACUGACAGGGAAGAGCUCCAAUCUUUCUGACUGGGAGCAGAGCGCUGGAGAGACAGACAGUGAUGCACUCGCAGCUCCAUCCUUGCAAAAAAAACGGGGGAAAGAGACAGGAUUACCAAAGCGUUGCCUCACUCUUGCUUUUUAGGAGUGUACCUUCCAACCUGUACAAGGACCUAUGAGAUGACUCAUUUUACCUCAACUCCUUGAAGUAAGCCUGCCAGUUCCCUGGGGACCAAAAAACAAUUGUUAGUUAAAAAAAAAAAGAAUUUGUCUGCCCUAGUGAGUAUUUUUUGCGACAGGAGAAGACAUCCUUUUAAGAAAAGACAGGAUGCAAUAAAGCCUUGGUGAGAGAAGACAAGGGGAAACAGGCAGGCUUGUGUCUAAUGAUAUGAGUGCCUCCACACUGCCUCGAGUCGAGGCAGCCUCAGGAGCAAUCGGCAACCCUUACGGCAACUUCAACGACAACGCAGUGGCCGGCGGUGGCGGCAGUGGGGACUGGAGCAUCAGUGGCAGCGGGCCAUGGCUGCUGGCCGUCAUGCUCUCCCUCAUCAUCCUCAUGACGGCGUGCGGCAACAUCCUCCUGAUUGCGUUGGUCUUUGCACACCGUUCGCUGCGCUGCACCUCCAACUGCUUCCUGGUGUCCCUGUUCCUCUCCGACCUGAUGGUGGCGCUAGUGGUGAUGCCGCCGGCCAUGCUGAACGUGCUGUGCGGGGCCUGGGUUCUCUGGGUAGACUUCUGCCCCGUGUGGCUCUGCUUCGACGUCAUGUGCUGCAGCGCGUCCAUCCUCAACCUGUGCGUCAUCAGCCUGGACCGCUAUUUGCUCAUCAUUUCGCCGCUGCGUUACAAGCAGCGGAUGACGCCACCGCGCGCGCUCCUGCUGGUGGGCGGUGCCUGGGGGCUGGCCGCCCUCACUUCCUUCCUGCCCAUCCGGAUGGACUGGCACAGCUUGGGCCGCGGGGAGGGCGACCAGAGUGCGGCGCCAGGAAUUGGCGCCAUAAACGGGAGCUACCCGGACCCGCACUAUCCGCCCUCGUAUUUCCAGCACCUUCCGUCGUCUGGGGGUGUUGCAGUGCAGUGCCGGCUGCGGGUGACGCUUCCCUUCGCCCUGGUGGCCACGUGUCUCACCUUCUUCCUGCCCUCCACAGCCAUCUGCUUCACCUACUGCCGCAUCCUGCUGGCGGCACGGAGGCAAGCCCGCCGCGUGGCGGCUCUCACACACCCCGCCUAUCCCCAGCACUCCCCGGGGGAGCCAUCGCGACCAGCUUCCCCUGGGCACGCCGUCGCGGACGGGGACGACUACAGCCAGCCAGACCCACCUGCCUCGCGCCACGCACCGCUGUCGGUGAAUAGCGAGCGCAGGCUGGCACACCGGCAGGGCAGGAGGGCAUUAAAGGCCAGCCUGACUCUGGGAGUCCUGCUGGGACUUUUCUUUAGCACCUGGCUGCCUUUUUUCAUCACCAACAUGGCCCAGGCUGUGUGCGAGUGCGUCCCCGCCACCCUCUUUGACGCCAUCACCUGGCUGGGCUACUGCAACAGCACCAUGAACCCCAUCAUCUAUCCUCUGUUCAUGCGCAACUUCAAGCGCGCCCUGGGCCGUCUGCUGCCCUGCUGCCCGUCCUCGGCCGGACGCGUGCCCCGCCGGCCCUCACCGCCGCUCUCGCUCUCGCUGCGCAACUCGGGCGAGCCGCAGCUGCCCUCCGAGCCGGCGUCGCUCAGCUCCGACGAGCCCCUGCAGCCCGCCACGGCCACCGCCACCGACGCGGUCAACCUGCUGGAUGCCGAGCAGGCUCGCAUUGAGUUGCCCUUGCUGCUGCCCAAUCAGGUCGACGUGCUGGAUUGAGGGGAGG